CUAAACACACUUUUGGUUGCACCCCACAAAGCUCAAGAUCUCACUCUCACUCUCACUCUCACUCUCACUCUCACUCUGCAGACCACACGUCAUCCAUGCAGCUCACCGGAAACCGCUGAUCGCUACCCACUGGCGCUGCAGUUGCUACCGACUACCCUCCUUUCCCUUCACACGAUUUCUUCAUCUCAUCUUCCCUAACCUCCAUUAAAGUUGGAUUCAAGAUGACACCUUUUGGACACACGACAUCGAGCCCGGAAAGCAUAAUCGAGGAAUACCAGGCGUAUGCUCCCCGCCAGGGAGAUGACUUGGGAGAGUUCCUCUCCAUCUACUAUCAACUGUGGAGCGAAGCCCACAAACAUGGAGUCACCGGGUACGGCGGGAUCACACGCUUGAUCACCUUGCUGCCGGAUGAGUGGCGGGGAUGGGCAGUAGAUAUGGCACGAGACUUUAUUACCCGGCGGUACCCAUGGUACGACUUGGCGGGCGACUUGCCGCAAUUUCUGGGACAGAUCCACUACUACUACACCGUAUACGGUCAGGCUCCGCGGGGACCAUAUAUGCGACCAGGCGAUCUAGGUCGGGUACCGGAUAUGCGACCUGGCGAUCUAGCCCAGAUCGGUUUGUUCCCAUUAGGGUUCCAGCUUGCUCGACAGCGGCAGGACAUAGGAUUGCGCGCUCCCCACCCGCGAGAGAGGAUACCAUCCCCACCGCGGAUCAUUCUGGGACGACGGACAGGGGAUGAGUUCGAGGCAGGGCCGUCUCACCCGCCUGUAGCGGAGUCCAUCCCACAGGCAAUUCUACAGCCACUACCAGUUCUCGAGGACCUCGAUCUAGGCGAGCUGACCAUAGCUAUCUAUAUCGAUAGCAGUUCCGAGGAGGAUACGUAGGAGGACUCCGGUUAAAGUGCUAUGCCAGCUCCAUCGGAGUUACCUUAGCAUGUUGUAUCAAUCAGAAACAGACCAACUUAUGAGAUUGUUCUGAUUGCUUUGUCUGUCUAAAUUUGUUGGGUUGUACUCCUAGUAUCUUUUGUUACCACGGAAACAUGAGUGUAAAUGUUCUGUGAUGAUGUAAUUGUAAUGUAAUACUACCUCGUAUCUUUAAGUUUAUUAAUCAAUAUCAGUAUUAGGAAAA